AUGCCGCUCACUGGCCAAAGCCCCACCGUGCCGCCGAAAGGCAAUGUCACCGCGAUCCCCGAAACCCUGAAGCCGUUUUGGCUACCACCGGACGACGAGCAUUUCCUCCUACAGAAUGCGGUGGAGUCGCGCGCGCGCCGCGAGCGGCCGGCGGUGCAGCAGGGCCGCCGCAAGACGCCGUCUGACGAGGCGGCGCCGCGCAGGCUGGGGGCCAGGAGGGGGGCCGCCCCCGCAGGCGGCGCGCACCCCCUGCGGCCCGCCGAGUUCUGCACCAUGCAGCGCGCCGCCAUGAAGCACCGCACGACGCUACGACGCUACAUCUCGGAGGUGCGGGACGUGCUGCGCAUGCGCCUGUGCGCCGCUCAGGGGAGGGACGAGCGGCUGCGCCUGCAGGCGUGCAUGCAGGCGGAGCGCGCCCGCCUCACCGUCGCGGGCGAGACUAUCCAGAACCACGUGGAGGAGUUGCAGGCCUUCCUCGAGCAGGACUGCAGCGAGACGCAGGAGCUCCGCAAAAUGAGGUGCAAUAGUGCUGAAGCGUGUGCCGAAGCAUGUGCUGUAAUAAUGGAGCGCUUUGUACUGUGGCAGGCAGAGGAACAGACUCAGCUGGAGAGCAGUCUGGAGCAGGAGUACGUGGACCUACGUGCGCAACUGGCCGCAUCCGAGCGUCGUGUCUACUUGCUGGCAGAGAAGUGGCUCAAGGCCAAGGUCUACCAGAACUUCCUCAUUCAGGUGAGCCCGAUGUGGUGGCGGAAGCAGUACGACCCGGCGCUGCAGGAGUCGGAGCAGAAGGAGGCGGCCGUGGUGGAGUCCCUGGAGAAGUCGCUGCAGCGUUACCAGCCGCAGCCCGCCACGCUCGACGCCAUGCUCGCCGUCUUCCAGGAGGACAUGCGUGGCCGCGAGGAUGAAGACACCGAGGAAGUCCAAGCAGUCCCACUGUUCUUCAAGGACCCGGAGGAGCUGAUGAGUGUCUUCGACGCGAUGGAGCGCCACAUUCUGAACUCGCUGCUGCUCACAGAGGAGCUGUGGGCACCGCUCGAGGCUAUGCGACACGACUUGAACCAGACGAUCACGGAGCAGCAGCAGCAGCUGGCCUACGUGAACGACCACAUCAGCGACCUGGAGCGCAGCGUGGCGUGGGAGACGGCCCGCGCCAGGGACCUGGAGGCGCGCACGCGACACCUGCUGCGCGGCCGCUUCUCGCGGCUGCUCGUCAGCGACGACGCGCUCUGCCUCUACGUCUGCGUCGAGGACGCCUACGAGGCCUGCGUCGGCCCCAACGACGACAAGCUCGGCCUGCUCGACAUGAUGACCGCCGUCGAGAACAAGUAUUGGUCCCUGCUUCGGGAACUGGACGCCUUGCCGGCUUCCAUCGUGGCACACUCCAGGAGAAUCGUGCACAUUGAAGAGCGCCGGCGCAUGCGCAGAGCGCACACCGCAGAGCAGAUUGUGCAGCGUCUACGCAGGGGCGAACACCGGCUUUUACAUUUUCUUUUCUCGUCUCCGUUUGGCAGUUGGUGGCCAGGCAAUGUUUCUUGGGCACAAGAAGGUCCAGAUCCAGGGUUUGAGCAAUGUCAGGUCCAGGCAAAGCGCCAGGAGCUGUGGAAGGUCCAGGCUGAACAUUGGUGGCCAGGCAAUGUUUCUUGGGCACAAGAAGGUCCAGAUCCAGGGUUUGAGCAAUGUCAGGUCCAGGCAAAGCGCCAGGAGCUGUGGAAGGUCCAGGCUGAACAGUGA